AUGGCUCCCAAGCAACGUAUUAUUCUUGACACCGACCCCGGGGUCGACGAUGUCCUGGCUCUGCUUCUCGCCCUCAGCGCCUCGCCCGAGGAGCUUGAGCUUGCCAUGAUCUCCGUCACUUACGGCAACGUUCCGCUUCAGAGCUGUCUCCGUAACGUCGUAGCACUGUUCCAUGUGCUGGAAAAGGAGAUGAAGUGGCGCGAGGAGACGGGCAAGAGCACCCGCGGCUUCGGUGCCCUCGACGCUUAUAAGCCCAUUGUUGCCGUUGGCCCGGAGCAUGCGCUGGAGGAUGAGAUCCUUGCGGCCGACCACUUCCAUGGCACUGAUGGUCUCCAUGGCGUCCACGAGAAGCAACCCCAUCUUUCCCCCGCCGACACCUGGCGCUCUCUGUUUAGCGACGAAGAGCCUCAGGGUGCCAAUGUCGAGCCCCCUUCGUACUCAAAGUACUUCACCCCCAGCAAGCAGCCGGCGCACAAGGAGAUCCUCCGUAUCCUGAAGGAGUCGCCAGAGAACACCGUCACUGUC